CUCCUCAAACAGAAGGCGGAAACCGGAAGUGGCCGUUGCUCGGUUGAAUUCGGUGCGGCCACGUCGGAGGAAGGCAGGUCCCACCCACCGUCCAACCUCCUCGGCUUCGCUGUACGAGCAGCUUCGGCAGCGGCGGGAAGCAGAAAGCCUAACAUCAAAGGCGCCCAGCGCCUGGGCCUCCCGGCAGCAGCAACAGCAGCACCUCGGUGGCGGAGGCGAGAUGUCGGACCUCGGGGAGUGGUUCCGGAGCAUCCCGCUUAUCACUCGCUACUGGUUUGCCGCUUCCAUCGCGGUUCCUCUCUUCGGCAAGCUAGGCCUCAUCAGCCCUUUCUAUCUCUUCCUGUGGCCCGAAGCCUUUAUCAACCGCUUCCAGAUCUGGAGGCCAAUAACUGCAACGUUCUAUUUUCCUGUCGGCCAAGGCACGGGCUUUCUUUACCUGGUGAACUUAUAUUUUUUGUACCAGUAUUCAUCGCGAUUAGAAACAGGUGCUUUCGAUGGGAGACCUGCAGACUAUUUGUUCAUGCUUCUGUUUAACUGGAUCUGCAUAGUUAUUACUGGCUUGGCAAUGAAUAUGCAGUUGCUGAUGAUUCCCUUGAUCAUGUCAGUGCUUUAUGUCUGGGCCCAGCUGAACAGAGACAUGAUUGUAUCGUUUUGGUUUGGGACACGGUUUAAGGCAUGCUACCUACCGUGGGUUAUCCUGGGCUUCAACUAUAUCAUUGGAGGCUCCAUCAUCAAUGAACUGAUCGGCAAUCUAGUUGGCCAUUUGUACUUUUUCUUAAUGUUUAAAUAUCCACUGGACUUGGGGGGAAGAAAUUUCCUGUCAACGCCUCAGUUCCUGUACCAUUGGCUGCCGAACAGGAGAGGAGGAGUCUCUGGAUUUGGCGUGCCACCCGCGAGCAUGCGCAGACCUGCAGACAACCACCAGGGUGAUGGGAGACACAACUGGGGCCAGGGCUUUCGGCUGGGUGACCAGUGAAAAAAAACUUUCUGCUUUUUCUUUUUCCUUGUGCGGGACAUCUUCAACCAUACAUGGGAAUGAUUCCAACUGGUGGAGUAUACUCAAGGACUGGGUUUGCUGUAGUGCAAUUGGGUCUGACCUGUUAGGAAAUCUUGUUUGUUUUGUUUUGUUCCUGGUGGCAGAUGACACAACUUAAAGGACAGAAUAGAUUUACUCCAGACUGUUCAAUAGUGCUCAACUCAGUGCUGCCAUUAAAAAAACAACACAUUUUUUAAA